CAAGCUGUUACACGUGGCCGAGAGGGGAAGGGCACCGUUAUCAUUCAAGCAACCGGUAAUGGGGGCUUAAAGGGCGAUUCUUGCUCAUUCCAAGGUCGUAUCAACCUGCCGUUUGUAAUUGGACUGAACUCUGCUGGCGAGUCGGGAGCGCUUCCAAAGUAUACGGAAAAUUGCACAUCGAUUUUGGCAUCUGCCUAUGGUUCCGGGGACGGCUACCAGAAGGAUCGCCGGAUGACCACAACCCAAGGUGGAGGUGGGUGUACCGACAGAUUCACUGGUACAUCCUCCAGCUCAGCGAUAUCGGGUGGAGUGGCGACCCUGCUUCUGAACGCCAACAAGCGCCUAACUUGGCGGGAUGUGCAGCAUAUUCUGAUCCGUUCAGCUGACCCUUCCCUUUUGGAGACGCAUGCAGAUUGGAAUCAAAAUGGUGUGGGUCGUUGGUAUUCGCGAUCUUUUGGCUACGGUUUGAUAGACGCCGGAAAGAUGGUGACUAUAGCUAGGAAUUGGUCUUUAGUGGGUAAUCAAAUAUCGUGCAUAGUGCAAUCAUCGGAACAACAUGUUCGUAUUCCCAGAGGUGGACAACAUAGUCAUGCCAUUCGGAUGCAUUGUGGCAAUAUGCGGUUCCUGGAGCACGUCAUAGUUGUGCCUAGUGUGCACGCUACGAGAAGAGGGGAUAUUGAUCUUACUCUUAAAUCGCCCAUGGGCACAAUGAGUAAGAUAUUGCGGGGACGAAAGUACGACUACUAUUUCAGAGGGGUUGACGAUUUCCCGUUAAAAUCAGUCGAGUUUUGGGGCGAGGAUUCUAAUGGAACUUGGGAGUUGAUUGUUUCGAGUAACGCUGACCCACAUGUGGGAUUUUCUUCGCCACUAACAUUUCGAUCUUGGAAAUUGGAGUUAUUUGGAACUGCAAACUUAAGGAAUUCCUAAGAAGAAAGAAAAUGUAAUCAAUUCUUAGUGACUCUACUCGGCUUCAAUAUUUUUCGUCAAUGCCCGGCUACGUCUUUAGUGAAAUAUUAUUGCCGUUUGUGAUUUGAACUAUCUUGCAGCCAAGAAGCAUCAUUGAUAAUAUUAUUUCUGAAUAACGGUUUGGAAUUGGCAAUCGCAAUACACAAUAAAGGUAUAGCUCUCUGUUUGUA